ACAACACGUAAACUAUCUUCUGUGAAACACAAAAUCUGUUGCAAAAUUACAAAUCCAUGAAUAAUCAUAAGUCAUAACGUUGUAACAAAUAUCUAAAAUAAUUCAGGAUAAAGAUGGGAAAUAAUAAGAAGACUGUUCGACAAUAACACGUCACACGCGAUAUGGACGAGGAAGCGAGACGAUACAGAAAGAGGAAAAAAGACGAGAAAAUGGGGAGAGAAAAUUCACGUGUUGGUAACGCACUUGCUAAGAGGUGUGGGACCCAAGAGUACUGUGUAGCAUUUGUGUGUGGUCUAAAAGCAACCAUUGUAGGAAUCUUUGUCCGUUAAAAAGAAAAACC